GCCAAAGAUAAGGAUGAAUUAUGAUUCUGUUUCUAUAAUUAACCGGGCUCGAUGACACAUAAUGCACGACCGUUACACUAUUCUUCAUCGCAAUUUCCUCUCUUUUUUCCUACAUAGAAAGUUCUUAUCUAUUUAACAGGAAAGAUAGAGAGUGUAAACUAUUUUAAGAAAAGAUAAGCAAACCUUCCACCUAAAUUGAUUACGAUAUUACUAUUCGGCUCAAUAAUUACGCAUUAUUCGUAGCAUAUUGUUCUCCCACUAUGCAGAUGACAAGAAUCAUGUGCAAACAAAACAUUAAUAAUAAUCAUCACUUACCUUUUUCUAUCAAAUUAUUCAUUUCACCUAUGAUCACCACCAAUACUUGGUGCUUGAUCUUAUCAUCAUCAUAAUCAUUAUUAUGAUUAAAAUAUCCUCACGUGACCAUGGAUCGAUCUAGGAGAAUCCGGAUAUGACAUCAAUGUUUAGGUCAGGUUGGUCUGCUUAACACGCCAUUUAUUUCUUUGACCUUCAUACUUAAUUUCCCAAACCCAGGAUUUAUUAGAAAAUAGAAGACUAAUCCCGAGGGCAAAACCGUGUAAAACUAGCAAAGUUGAAAGAUUUUUCAGUAUAUUCUCUACAUCCAAGUUAAUAUAUAUAAACCUUUUUGGCAUUGGCAGCCAAAAUUUUUAUAGGUAUUUUUUUCAGUAGGCUUUUUGAUAAUUAUUGGCCGCCAAAGUUUUCUCUGCCAUUAAUGGAGGCAGAGGAUGUGAUAAACCUCUUUGAUUCUUGCUGGUUUCAGCACUGUUUCUUCAUGAAAACUCCGGAUUAUCCAACUCAAUCUAACCUUCUCCCAGAUGAUCAAUUCCAUAUUCAAGCAGAUUCAUCAAAAGAUCCGGAGAUUUCAGCCCAAUUGACACUUCAUACGAGGUCCAAAAGUGAGCAAACAAUAAGUCCGAAAACCAGCAUGAAUUUCGGCGCUUUCUCUCCAGAUUCAGUACUUCCGGCGCCUCAUCUGGAAACCAUUUUAUCAGGAAUAGAAGGGGAAGCAGAAGGAUAUCAUCAAUUAGAAACAACACAUCAAACAAGAAGGGGUUUCUUCAAAACCGACGAGAAGAAGAAGAAGGAGAAAAGGAUUCAAAAACGGAAAGGUUUGAGCAAGAGCUUAUCGGAGCUUGAAUUCGAAGAGUUAAAAGGGUUCAUGGAUUUGGGUUUUGUAUUCUCAGAAGAAGACAAAAAGGAUUCAACUUUGGUUGAGAUUAUCCCUGGCCUGCAAAGAUUAGGCAAAGAAAGAAAUGGCGAAAAGAAAGAGAAAAAAGUAUCUACAAAUGAAGCCCAGGAGGAGGCGUCCUCGUCUGUCGUCGCAAGGAGACCUUACCUUUCUGAAGCAUGGGAAGUUUUAAAUAGGAGAAAGGAAAAGAAUCCAUUGAUGAAUUGGAAAGUUCCUCAGGAAAGAAAUGAGAUUGUGAUGAAAGAUACACUCAAACGGUGGGCACAUAUUGUUGCUUCUACAGUUUAGAUGAUGAGGUCUUAUCUGUUUUUGCAAUGACAUUUUAGCCUAAUCAGAAACAACAGUUGGAGAGCCAAUGUAAAUUGAAUGGGACAAAAAGAACGAAACAAAGAAGAAAGGCUAAAGUUUUGUACACAAUGAUUGUAGCUUUAUGCAUUUCAUCAUUAGCAUUGCAAAUUUGUAAAGUUUGGUCAAGUUUUUAACUGUAGAUAAGUUCUUAGGGAUGAAUAAAUGCAUAUACGCAAAAGAUGUUCAAUCCUCAAUUGUUUAGGCCUGUACAGAAAAUGUUGUUAAUUUGGUCUUUAGUUUUGAUUUCUCAUUUUAAAUAGAUCUAUCAAAGUUGUUAGAGAUGAAAACCGAAGAUAAGUUCACAAAACAGACAUGAAUACAUGAUGAUUAUAUUUUUUCUUUACAUUUUGUUCCCCUUCUUUUCUGAUUAGCAUCAAGCUAAUUCUUUGAAGAAAUCAAUUACUUCCAGUGAUAUACCUAACGGAAGUUAUACAUACCACUGCAGAAGAUACAUGAGCAUUUUAGACCAAACAAACAACAAAU